UCCAUCCAUGGCAGAAAACAAGAAGGGACACCACAGGCCUCCUACAUCAGGAUAGCACCACAGACCAAAGCCACACCUACACUUUCCCUCAAAUUCUAGAGAGAGAAACACACACAAACAAGAGAGAGAGAGAGAGUUCAACUUUGAAGCAGAAGCAGAAAGAUGGAGCUCACAUAGUGAUAUGAAGAUAAAAGGGUUUCAGUUUGUUUGACAACAGAUGAGAGGUAUAGCAUUUGAAGUUGCAACUUUUCAAUCUUCUUUAGACUCCCACAACUUAAAACAAGUCAGUUUUAGUUAUAAUGAACCCAUAUCAGUUCUGGACACAAGGAGUCCCAGCCCUUCAACCUCAACCUCCACCCCCUCCUCCUCCAUGGGCGGCGGCAGUGGUGGCUGCACCACCACUACUCCACCAAUGCUAGGUGUCUCCGGCAACCCAUCCCACCAAAAGUGGCCGGAGUUGCAACCCAUCCCACCUGAACUUGAACUUUUACAACAAAGAUUUGGUGUUGGGUUGGAAGACUUUGAAAGUUUGUUAUCUGAAUCUGCACAAGACCAGUCUCUCCGGUGGAUCUCCGGUGACUUUGAUGACUCAUCUCUGAGCUUACAACAGCUGUUGCAGUGUAACCAAAUUGACCAAAAUGCCCCUCCAGCCACCCUGUCUGAAAAUUCACAAAAUCCCAAUUUGUUGCCACCGUUACCACCUCAAGUGCAGUUCUACCACCACAAUCUUCAGAAAUCCCUUGUUUCUGAUCUGGGUCAUCGAAAAGAUUCGAUUUUGAACCCGGGUUUUCAAAAACUUCCGAUUUUGAAUCCGGGUUUUCAAAAAGAUUCGAUUUUGAAUCCGGGUUUUCAAAAAGACUUGAUUUUGAAUCCGGGUUUGCAAAAAGUUUCGAUUUUGAAUCAGGGUCAAGAGUUACUGCUCAAGAAACCGUCUCCGGUGGCGGUGGUAAAACAAGAACCACCACAAAGUUCGGUACCGCCAUCCCACCACCACCACCACCACCAGUACCAGGUUAUCUGUGACCAGUUAUUCGCUGCGGCUGAGCUAAUGCUCUCUGGGAACCGCUCACACGCGCAAGGGAUAUUGGCGCGGCUCAAUCACCAGUUCGCUUCGGGUCCGACUCCAAGUAAGCCUUUUCAAAGGGCGGCUUUUUAUUUCAAAGAAGCCAUGCAAAUGCAAUUACAGUCGAAUCUGAAUCCGAACAGAAUUACUCCACAUUUUAAUGGCAUGUUCAAGAUGGGAGCUUAUAAAAUGUUUUCUGAAGUUUCUCCGGUUAUUCAGUUUAUGAAUUUCACUUCGAACCAGACACUUCUUGAGGCUCUUGGAGAUGCGAAAAACAUUCACAUCAUCGAUUUUGAUAUCGGGUUUGGUGCGCAGUGGGCGUCUUUCAUUCAAGAACUUCCGAUUACAAACAAUGGCAGUGAUGGUGGAGGAUGUUCGCUAAAGAUUACCGCAUUUGCGUCACCUUCAACACACCAUCCCCUUGAACUUGGACUUAUGCACGAAAACUUGUCACAACUCGCUCAAGAAAUCGGGAUUUCCUUCGAGCUUGAAGUUGUGAACUUUGAUUCUUUCGAUCCGCGAUGGUUUUCAGUUUCUGAAAACGAGACAAUUGCGGUGAAUUUCCCAAUUUGGUCGGCAUGCACUCGCUUAUCUGCAAUUCCUUCGAUUCUCCAUUUCGUGAAGCAACUCUCACCGAGAAUAGUGGUGUCGUUCGACCAUGGGUGUGAAAGGACGGAUUUACCCUUCCCACGUUACCUUCUCCAGGGUCUCCAGUACUAUGAAGUUUUGCUGGACUCCAUUGAUGGCGCUAAUGUUGUUUCGGACACAUCAAACAAGAUCGAACGGUACCUUUUUCAGUCUCAAAUCGAACGGAUGGUGUCAGGCAAACUUCAAUUUCCCGAGCCAAUGCCUCAUUGGAAAUCGCUAUUUGCAGCCGGAGGGUAUGUGCCUGUCGGGUUUAGUAACUUCGCUGAAACGCAAGCCGAAUGUGUGUUGAAGAGGAUGCAAGUUCAGGGAUUUCGCCUCGAGAAGAGGCAGGCCUCGCUUGUGCUUUGUUGGCAGAAUCGCGAGUUGAUGACGGCUUCAGCUUGGAAGUGUUGAAUAUGAAGAAGAUGAUCAAUGAGAGGUUUUUGAUGAACUUUGAACUCUUGAUCAUCAACUUGUUGAAUAAGUGUUUGUGCUAAAGCUAAUGUUGAUGUUUGAUUUUGUGUACUUUCUUUGUUGUAGUUGAUCAUGUCAUCUAUCUAGUCUAGACUGUUUAUUAACAUGAAAGUUGUUUGUUAUUGAUGUUAUGUGUAGUAAAUUUAUCUAAACAA